CAAGCGCUUCGCCGUCUUCUUGUUGUUUAACUCCAUUCUGACGUCUCGUCGUUUUCGCAAGCAACGAUUACCGGACUUGCAGUUCAUUCUCGCGGUAUUUCUUGGAAGGGGAGGAGAUUUUUUUUUUAUAUAUAUAGAAUCGGUGACGGUGAAGGGGACGGGGAGAGAAAGAGAGAGAGAGAUGUUGUGCUUGAAGGCGGAGGCAGUGUGGGGGGACUUGUAUGUCUCGCAUGGCGCGAUUCUUCCCGUGAAUCUGGGAAGCUCGAUUCAGAGUGCAAUGCAGAGAGGGGUGAGACAAAGAGGAGAAAGAUGGGGAUAUGGUGCGUCGGAUCCGUCGUCAUCUUCUUCAUCUGGAGAUCGUUUUUCUCGUUUUGAGGAAACUAAGACCAUUCAUGGCCGCAAAGUAGAUUCGGGAGGAAAGAUGGGAUGCUACAGAUCCCAGCUUGAAGAAGAAGUUCAAAUAUUGGAGAAGCAACUUCAAGACGAAAUUGACUUGCAUGUGGCUUUGGCAAAUGCAGUGGGAAAUACUGUUUUGCCUUUAUCCAGUUCCCCCUCCAAGCUUCCAAAUAAGGCACGGGAGCUCUUAGCCAGCAUUGAUGCACUAGAGAUAACAGUUAGAAAACUUGAAGAAGAACUCUUUAUUUUGCAUUUUAACCUUCAACAUGAACGAAGCGAGCGUCAUGCUGCUGAAAUCCAUAUAGAAUAUUUACAAAUUCCGUCGAUGGCACCUCCAUCAUCAACUUCUGGGUAUAUAUGGGAAGAACAUGUUUCUUCUUUGAGAGUGUCAAAGCUUGAUGUUCAAAUGCCUCCUUCAAUCCAUCUGGAUUUAUUACCAGGCAACGAAGAUUUAGAGUUGGCUAGUGGCCCAGCUGAAAAUAUCCUGAUAAACGAGGUUUUGGGACCAUGCCAUAGGAGAGAAGAGGAGAAAAGGAUUAUAGAUUCUUCCCUACGGUUGCCUGUUUUUGCACUGAAAGAUUUGAAAGUGAAGAAACUCUGGCGUCACCCAAAUCAGCUUUCAGAAGAAAUGGUCUCAUGCAUGAGAAAUAUUUUUCUUCGCCUGUCAAGAUCUCCGACGAGUACUUCCAAGACAUCAUUGUCAAAGUGGUUAACUUCGCUUUCUUUUGUGGCUGGAAAUCUCUCCCAUUCUUCAUGGACAUCUUUCUCAGAUUCAUCCAGGUUGCCUUCCUCGGCGCAAACUUCUUCUGAGCUGAUUCACGGCUAUGAAGUAAUGGAUCAGGAAGAUUUAUAUGAUCCAUAUGGAGUUAAUGAAAGAUCAAAUUGGAGAGAUAUCGGGAAGUAUCGUUUGGCAAAGGAGGUGUCUUGGAUGUCAGUUGGGAAAGCACAACUUGAAUAUGCUGCCAGUGCUUUAAAGAAAUUCAGGUUUCUCGUAGAGCAACUAGCAAAGGUCAACCCAGCUCAAAUGAGUAAUGAUGAGAAGCUGGCUUUCUGGAUUAAUCUGUAUAAUGCCUUAAUAAUGCACAUCUAUCUGGCAUAUGGAGUUCCUAAAAGUGACAUCAAACUCUUCUCAUUGAUGAAAAAGGCGUGUUAUACUGUUGGAGAUCAAACUUUUAGUGCUGCUGACAUUGAAUUCGUUAUUUUAAAGAUGAAACCUCCCGCUCAUCGGCCACAGAUUGCAUUAACUCUGGCUCUGCACAAGUUCAAAUUGACAGAGGAGCACAGACAAUACUCCAUUGAUAGCUUGGAACCCCUGGUCUUGUUUGGGCUUAGUUCUGGGAUGUACUCUUGCCCUGCAGUAAGGAUCUUCACCGCAGCCAACGUGCAAGAAGAGCUGAAAAACUCCAUGAAGGACUAUAUCCAAGCAUCCGUCGGCAUAAAUGACAAAGGCAAACUCCUUGUCCCAAAGCUGCUGUACUUCUUCGCCAAUGGAGUCGUGGAGGAUUCUCUACUCGUCGAUUGGAUUUGCCGGCACCUCACCGCCGCCCAAGCCUCAAUCAUCAUGGACUCAACCUCGCAUCAGAAGCAGAGACUUCUUCGCGCGCCGAGUUUCAGCGUAAUUCCAUUUGAUUCCAGGUUUAGGUAUCUGUUCUUGCCCCAUAACAAGAACCAAAAUUGUUAGUUAAGUUUGUUGAAAUUACACAAAAGGAUGCCCCAGGGCAGGAUGAAUAAUUUCAGCUGGCAAGCUAAAUAAAAUGUACAUUUAUUCAGAUUGAUUUCCUCAUAAAUAAUAAGAAUAUUAUUUGCAGAACCUUUCCGUCCAUACCAACUGAAAUU